GCGUGUGCACCUCGCUACAAAUGGAGAGGCAGUGAGCAGCAGCGGGAAUUGGUUGGGACCUGUUACCUGUCGCUGCGGAACUUCAGUGACGUGCUAGAGUAUGCCCCGUGUCGUACCAAAUGGCACACGCCAGCUGGCCAGGGUUACUGCCAAGGUGGUUUCAGUGCUGACCUGACAGAGAAUGGGCGAGUGGUGCUUGGAGGGCCUGGCAGCUUCUACUGGCAAGGCCAGCUCCUUUCUGCCAACAUCAAGAACAUUGUUCCGCCUCAGGCUGACUUCAGCUACAUCCAGUACACGGUUGGAGAAAUCUACAACAAGCAGUCUGAGAGCUCCUUCGAUGACAGCUACCUCGGUUACUCUGUGGCUGUUGGGGAGUUCAGUGGAGAUUCUAUUGAAGAUUAUGUGACUGGAGUGCCCCGUGGUCUGGACACAAUCGGAUAUGUGAGGAUAUUAAACGGGACAAACAUGGAGACCGUAUUCAAUUUCUCUGGUGAGCAAAUGGCCUCGUACUUUGGCUAUGCUGUAGCAGUGACUGACAUUAACAACGAUGG